AUGUCGGCGGCGCCGGCUGCUAGCCCAUGGUUACGGCCGUCUCCAACUGUGCGGCUCCGCGAAACGGCCUUCUUGGCCUGUAGCAUCAGCUCCACCCCUACGCGGCUCUGCAUCGGACGACGCUGCUCGGAUAGAACUUUUGUAGGGAUUCAAACUGCUGGUUCCAACUUGAGAAGAUGCAUGAUUGCCCAUGUUAAAAGUGGGGAGGCUGAUGGAUAUCCAAAAACUGAGGAUUUGGUGGACGAAGAAACUCUGCAGUCAAAUUUAGACAGAGCAAUCAAGGAAGAAGAUUAUGUCCGUGCUGCAAAGAUCCGGGAUGAUCUGCGUAUCCUCCAUGAGGAUGCUAAGGCUUCGCUCCUUGCAGCAAAUGCACGGUUCUACAAUGCCUUCAAGAAUGGGGAUAUCGCUGCAAUGUAUUCUAUCUGGUCUAAGGGUGACCAUGUAUAUGUUAUUCAUCCUGCUGCAGGUCGGAUAUCCGGUUAUGAUGUGGUCAUGCAAAGCUGGGAGAUGGUUUGCAAUGCAGAUUAUGAGUUUCCACUGAAUAUUGAUCUCAAGAAUAUAGACGUUCACAUCCGUGGCAGCCUUGGUUAUGUCACGUGCUUGGAAGUGGUGAAGACCAAAGGAAGAACUUGGGGAAAGCAAAUCGCGACCAACAUGUUUGAGAAGGUUGAUGGCACAUGGCUGAUGUGUGUGCACCAUGCUUCACGCAUAGAAGAAUGA